AUGGACCAGAGGAUAAUCAUUUCUCUAUGUAUAUUGGUGGUUUGGGCGCGGGCACAAAAUGAUGGAAUCAUGUUUGGUGGAGAAGCUGACCUACAACCGGCUUUUUGCGAUGUUACCUAUCAAUGGGUUUGUGCGAACGGAGAAUGUAUCGCCCAAUAUGAUGUGUGUGAUGGAGUAACGCAAUGUGAAGACGGGUCUGACGAGUCAAACUGCGACCAGCCCGAAUUGUGAGUUAAAUUCGGCAUAUAUAUCAACUCACAAAGAAAAAAUAUCAUCCAACUUUUGAAGUUUUAGGAAACAGCAAAGACCUCAACAACCACAACAGCCAGGUCGACAAGUUCAUCUUCAGCCGAAACCUAAUGCAACAACUCCCUCAGCGCUGCCUACAACAACAUCCUCAAAUGGUCUCUCACUUAGACUUGCGGCUUUAGGAUUGUUCCUCUUGGUAGGCUUAGCGGCAGGAGUCCAUUACAUGUGCAAAAGACGAAAAACCAACAACAAUAGGAACAUAAGGAAAGGGGAAAGUCUUCUUGAUGAUGAAGACGACCUUCUCAUCUCUCAAAUGUAUGCGUAA